AUGUCUGUAAGUCGGCGCCUCUCGCUCCCCUGUUUGCGCCUACCUCUGACUCACCUUUCACCACAGGCCUUCUACAUUGAGAACAAGAAUGUUGGCAACAAGGCCGAGAGUGAAGAUUGGAGAAUUCGCGGAUACAACCCUCUGACUCCUCCCGGUCUGCUCCAACACGAGAUCGCCCAAACUCCCAAGUCGAAGCAAACCGUGAUCGAGGGUCGCGAGGAGGCUGCCGCUAUUGUCAAUGGAACCGACGAGAAGGGCAGGCUUUUGGUCAUUAUUGGCCCCUGUUCUAUCCAUGACCCCAAGGCCGCCCUCGAGUACUGCGACAUGCUCAUCGAGGCAAAGAAGAAGCACAAGGACGAGCUGCUCAUCGUGAUGCGCUCUUACCUGGAGAAGCCGCGCACAACUGUUGGGUGGAAGGGUCUGAUUAAUGACCCUGAUAUCGACAACAGCUUCAAGAUCAACAAGGGUCUGCGUCUGUCGAGGCAGCUGUUUGUCGACUUGACGGACAAGGGCAUGCCUAUUGCUAGCGAGAUGCUUGAUACUAUCUCUCCCCAGUUCCUUGCUGAUCUGCUGUCUGUUGGCGCAGUCGGUGCGAGAACCACGGAGAGUCAACUGCACCGCGAGCUUGCCAGUGGUCUCAGUUUCCCCGUCGGCUUCAAGAACGGUACCGAUGGCUCGCUCGGCGUCGCGAUCGACGCCAUUGGCGCCGUGAGACACCCUCACCACUUCCUCUCCGUCACCAAGCCUGGUGUCGUCGCCAUUGUUGGUACCGUCGGCAAUGAGGACUGCUUCGUUAUCCUGAGAGGUGGCACUAAGGGCACCAACUACGAUGCCAAGAGCAUUACUGAAGCAAAGGCUGCCCUGGAGAAGGCCGGUCUGCCCCAGAGACUGAUGGUCGACUGCAGCCACGGCAACUCCCUGAAGAACCACAAGAACCAGCCCAAGGUUGCUGGCGAGCUUGCUGACCAGAUUUCCAAGGGCGAGACCGCCAUUAUGGGAGUCAUGAUUGAGAGCAACAUCAACGAGGGCAACCAAAAGGUUCCCAAGGAGGGUCCGAGUGCUCUGAAGUACGGCGUCAGCAUCACGGACGCGUGCAUCCACUGGGACGACACCGUCUCAGUCCUCGAUGACCUCGCCAACGCGGUCAAGCAGCGCCGCGAGGUUCUCAGCAGAAAUGGACAUGCCUGA